AUGGCCAAGAAGCAGAAGUUAGGCAACCAGAGGGACAAGGCGACCGGCUGCCUAGCUGCACACCGAAAAGACAGGGCGGACGACAGACAGACUGCGCCCCUCGUGUCACACCCAACCUCUGACAUCUCGGGGCACUCCCCUGCUGAUUCGAUUGAGCUUUCCCCUACCGAGAUGUCGAGACCGAUGGGGAUGGAGCACCUUAUGAAAUCGCAAUUCCCGUUCGAUGUGGCUAGCGUAGCAGGCGCCCGCCCCUCGAACAACAUUCCGGAGCCGUACAGUUUGAGGAAUUUCUAUGCCAAUGAUGAAGGGCCAUGGAAUGGCCUUAAAACCGUGCCCCAACCAGGAUAUGGCAUCAAUAGCGUGGAAAACCGACGCAACCACUCUGCGUUCAGCGGAUGGAGGAGUACCGGGGCCCCUUCCGAUUGCGGUACACAACCUCUACAAUACCAACCCUCUGACUCUGGCUAUGAGAGCAGGGCAAAGCAAAGCGUCGAUGACAGGUCUGUCUACGAUGAAAACCAGGAUACCCAAAGUCUCACAGGGCACGUGUUUGACUUCAAUCCGUUCCUGACUACGCCCGGAUUCGCUCGCGAUACCCCUAUGCAGCCAUGGCAUACUGCAACGCCUGCACCAGUGCAAAAUGUCGCCGCCGAAAAGCAACUGGUUUGCCCUGACUGCCAUGCUCCCUGUAAGACCAGGUCUGAGCUGAACAAACACUCCCAGCGUCACCGCAAGGCACACAAGUGUGAUGUUGAGGGGUGCUCCCGCAAGGAAGGCUUCGGCACGCUCAACGAUCUUGAACGCCACAAAACCAGCUGCCACCCCAAUCUGCCCAGUUCAGUUCCGCGUUACAAGUGCAACAUUGGCCAGUGUCAUACUAAAGACAAAAUCUGGCCCAGAGCCGACAACUUCCGCCAGCAUCUGAAGCGCGUACACCAAAGAGCAGUGCAACCCGAUGAUGACCUCAGCGGCUUCAUCUACCAAGACCAAUCGCAGAAGCCCACAGAGGCUCUGCGUACGAUACAGGAAGACCUCGAAGGGGUGGGGUUCGACCUUUUCAGCUAUGUUUCGGACCCCUUGGCCGACGAACUCAACUCAUCUGGGGAGCCGAUGGAGGACCUCGACGAGCUCGUUCUUGAUCCCAACUUGACCAAUGUCGAGGGCCCGCACAACAUGCCCACGAUUCAGACCGAAUACGUUCAGCCGAAGGAGAUCUCCAGACCAGCAUCCGUGUUGAAGCCUAUCUCGAUGCCACGCACAGAACUUCGUGGAUCGCGAGCGGUUCAGCCCCAGAUCACUGUCGAUCUGACCAAGUCUCUCGAGACGCCACCAAGCCCACAGGAACUCCGCAAGAAAUACGUCGCGGAUGACAUGGAUUGCGAAUUCAAGGCCUCGCCGUCUGGCGACUCUAGCAGCAGCAAGACCAGCCAGGAAGAGGCAUCCUCUCAGGGAUCGUCCAUUUCCAUCGACGACAUCGACGAAACAGGCGCACUCAAACUCCUCGAAAAGUUCCCCCACCUUUUCGAGAAGCUCAUGAAGGCCCAAUCAAUCGCGGCACCGUCCACAGCUGAGAAGCCCCCUCCCCCGCCAUCGACCGCCGCCUACCACGAAUGCCCUCGACAAGGUUGUUCAAAGCUCUUCAUGCGCAGAUGCGAGCUCAAGAAGCACAUGAAACGCCACGACAAGCCCUAUGGCUGCACCUUCACCGGCUGCGCCAAGAAGUUCGGCUCCAAAAACGACUGGAAGCGCCACGAGAACUCCCAACACUUCCAAACUGAGGUCUGGAAAUGCGAUGAACGCCGCACCACCGCCGCCGACGAGGACGCCACAGUGUCUUCGUCAACAGCAACAGCCUGCGGCAAGGUCUGCAACCGCCGUGAGACCUUUCGCUCCCAUCUCCUGAAGGAGCACAGCGUAGUCGACGCCCAGAAGGUCGACAAGGCCCUCGAUAGGUGCCGCAUAGGCCGCAACCACGAGGCGCGCUUCUGGUGCGGCUUCUGCAAAAAGACCGUCGAGGUCACGAAGAAGGGCGCCAACGCGUGGGUGGAACGCUUCAACCACAUCGACAACCACUACACCGGCCGCGACGGCGCCGGCAAGAGGGACAUCUCGGAGUGGAUGAACGUCGACCCCGAGCUGCCCGAGAUGGACUUCACGGGCUCGGUCGACGACUCCAGUGACGGCGAGUCGGCCGACGAGGCCGCCGUCGCCCCUCGACAGACUGCCAUGUCUUCGAGGAAGAGGAGCGCGGAGGAUGUCGAUGACGGAGGAAGGGGCCACAAGCGCUCCAGACCGGAGACUCGUGUCAUGUGGACUUGCUGCGGUUGUAGCAGAGCGGUUGCUCCCGUCAAGUUGCACGACGCGUGCGUCGACUGUUCGCACAGGCGAUGCGACGACUGUGAGAGAGAGGAAGUCACAGUGCAUUGA